CUAAAAUCAUGGUGUAGAAUUCCUUCAGGUGAAAACGAAUUACCAACUAUUUGGUGUAGAAUUCCUUCAGGUGAAGCUUCCGGCAACACCUCCUCUGGUUCGGUCGGGCGGAAGAGCAAGAAAAGCAGACACAAAUGGGGAAGAAGAGUUUGAUUCCUUUAAAUGUAUAUUUGGUUCAUAUAAAAAUAUUCGAUUUGUUUAAAUUCUAAAAUAUCUUAUAAACAUUUACUUUGUUUCUUAAAAAUACAGCCGCUGAAACCCUGUCUCCGACUGAAUCCGUAGAUCGGAGACUCCAUAUCCAGCUCCUCCGUUAACUAUCUCGGUGACGAUAAUGACAGCAGUGGCUGCUCAAAGUCUUCUUCUUGGAGACACGUCAUGUGGUUCUUUACUUGAGCAGCUGCAGCAAAUCUGGGAUGAGGUGGGCACAAGCGACGAAGAGCGGGACAAGAUGCUUCUUCAGUUAGAACAAGAUUGCUUGGAUGUGUAUAAGAGAAAGGUUGAUCAGGCUAUGGAGUCCAGGACUCAUCUUCUUCAGACACUUGCAGAUUGCAAAGUUGAACUUGCUAGGCUUCAAUCAGCACUCGGGGAGAAGACAUAUGCUGGAAUUCCUGAUAAGACAUCAGGAACAAUCAAGGAACAACUUGCAGCUAUAGCACCUGUCCUAGAAAAUCUGUGGGCCCAGAAGGAGGAAAAAACAAAGGAAUUCCUUGAUGUUCAAUCACAAAUACAAAAGAUAAGCAGUGAAAUUUCAGGGAAUACUGACCAGCUGGAGCAUCCGAUAGUGGAUGAAACUGAUUUGUCACUCAAAAAGUUAGAGGAGUUUCAUGCUCAGUUGCAAGAACUUCAAAAAGAAAAGAGUGAGAGAUUGCACAAGGUCCUUGAAUUUGUGAGCACAGUGCAUGAUCUUUGUGCUGUCCUUGGGAUGGAUUUCUUUUCCACCGUCACUGAAGUUCACCCAAGCUUGGACGAUACAACUGGUGUACAAUCAAAAAGCAUUAGCAAUGGCACAUUGUUACGGUUGGCAAAGACUGUCUUAGCUCUAAAAGAAGAUAAAAAACAGAGGUUGCAAAAGCUCCAAGAACUAGCCACUCAACUAACUGACCUUUGGAAUUUGAUGGAUACCCCUGACGAUGAAAGGAGUUUGUUUGACCAUGUUACUUGCAACAUAUCAGCUUCAGUGGAUGAAGUGACAAUUCCCGGUGCUCUUACUUUGGAUGUGAUCGAACAAGUUGAAGUUGAAGUUGAAAGACUUGACCGACUGAAGUUUAGCAAGAUGAAGGAGAUAGCUUUUAAAAGGCAGGCUGAGCUCGAAGAAAUCUUUGCCCUUGCUCACAUUGAGAUUGAUACUGAAGCUGCUAGAGAAAAAAUAUUGUCACUAAUUGACUCUGGCAAUAUUGAGCCCACAGAGUUACUGGCUGAUAUGGACCAUCAGAUACUCAAAGCGAAAGAAGAGGCCCUAAGUAGAAAAGAAAUAUUGGAUAAAGUAGAGAAAUGGAUGUCUGCUUGUGAAGAGGAAAGCUGGCUUGAAGACUAUAAUCGGGAUGAUAAUAGGUACAACGCAAGCAGGGGCGCACAUUUGAACUUAAAGCGUGCUGAAAAAGCCCGGAUUUUGGUCAACAAAAUUCCAGCUCUUGUUGAAGUCCUGAUUAAUAAAACUCGGGCAUGGGAAGAAGAACGUGGCACAACAUUCACUUAUGAUGGUGUUCCCCUGCUUGCCAUGCUAGAUGAGUACAUGAUGCUCAGGCAGGACAGAGAAGAAGAGAAAAAAAGAUUGAGGGACCAGAAGAGGUUCCAUGAACAGAUGAACAAAGAACAAGAAGGAAUGUUUGGCUCCACUCCAAGCCCAGCUCGGCCACUAAACAGUACAAAGAAGGCAGUGGGGGGUCCCCAUCCCCGGGCAGCAAAUGGCAAUGGGUCUGCAAACAGAAGGCUGUCUCUCAAUUCUUCUCUUCAAAACGGCUCCAGGCCAACAGCCAAAGAGGUGAGGAGAGAGAGUGCCAGACCAGCUGCUGUUCCUCUGAACUUUGUUGCCAUUUCAAAAGACGACGCGUGCUCCCACAUAUCGGGUUCGGAUCCUACCAUCCCAUCAACUCCUUAGUUAUCAUCAUCUAACAAUCCCAAUCAGGUCUGUAUCAUCAUCUGUUCAUACCGGUGUGGUAUCAUCAGUGUGUUAGUUACUGUUGUAGAGAUAUAUAGACACUACUGACUUUAUAUUAAUCCGAAGCGUGUAGCCGUUUGUGUUGUAAUGAUAAUUGACAAUUGAUGUGGAGUCUGAUUAAGUGGGUAAUAAUUUCGCUUAGUGCUUGCCAAUGUAGUUUUGUGGGAGGGGUUUUGUACACCCUCUCUUCCAUGAAAGAGUUUGUUUUAUCAAAAUGUAACCUUUUUAUUUUAGUUAAAUUAAAUUCUUUUAACUCUU